GACAAAUUUUUGAAGACUCAUCCAUGUGUCAUUGAACUCCAACACUGCCACAACCACCCUACAAAAGCAUCUGACGUUUUGAGAUUUCGUAGGCCAACUCAAAGGAUAGUUGAGAUUUUUCUAGACAUGUACCGUAAAGAUCACUCUCCAUCAUCAGCCCUUACAACUCAUCAAUAUGAUAUCCAAAUCAAGCAUCCAGAGAACUGGUUUGAAAUUUUGGCCGAUGGUGCGGAAUGCCCAAAUCUUCAGUGGUGUUAUCACCUCUAUCGCAAAACAUUCUUAAAAGAAUAUGGACCUGCUUCUGGUGAAGGAAUGGUGCAGUCUUUGUCUGCUGCUGUUGAAAAGUACAACAAAGAAUCAGGUUCAGUGUGUGCUGCUGUUAAAAAAUAUAACGAAAUUGACUUGGUUGUUGUCCUUUGCUCUCCGCUCAUGAAGCGAGUACACAAGCUCUUAAAAUCGAGUGGUGAGAUAAAUUUCCUCGAUUCAGGAGGGUCAAUGGAUCGGCACAAUAGCCGCAUCUUCACCAUUUUAGCACCCAGUGUUGCAGGGGCAUUGCCUCUUGGAAUGGUGAUCACUAGUUCUGAGUCAGAAGAUGCUUUAACAGAAGGAAUGAAAAUGUUGCAAUCAAUUAUGCCUUCUGAUGCUUUUUUUGGUCGAGGCCCAAGAAGAGGCCCACAGAUUAUGAUGACGGAUGAUUCUAAAAGUGAAAGGAACACCCUAAGGACAUGCUUUCCUGGAAUAGUACUGCUUCUAUGUUUUUUUCACAUCUUGCAAGCAUUUUGGACCUAUACUUGGGAUUCCAAACACAAUGUUAAAGCUGAAGAAAAAGAAGAAGUUUUUUUUAUUUUUAAAGACUGGUGUUACUCUAAGACUGAGGAAGACUUCAAGAAGUUUUACCUUGAGAUGCUCAACAAUCCAUUGUACUCCAAGAACAAAUUUCUAGUCAAACAGGUAAAGGGAUUGUUCCUGCGAGCAAGAGAGUGGGCUUUGUGCUACCGCAGUGAGCUUCUAAUACGAGGAAAUAAUACCAACAAUUAUUCAGAAAUUACGAUAAGGCAAUACAAAGAUCUUGUGAUGCACCGAUUAAAGGCAUACAGUGUGGUGCAGCUCUUUGAUUUCUUCACUACUCGACUGGAGUCGUACUUUGAAAGGCGCAUUGCAGCAGUGGUGAACAACCGUAAAGAAAAUUAUUAUACUUCUAAGCAUUACAUUCAACCAUCCAAAUUAAAGCAUCUGCAGUGUGCUGAAAGUUCACAUCAGCAUAUGUAUGUGGUUCAGAAUGUGGAAAAGGGAACAAAAUACACAGUAGACAUGCAACUGGAAAUUUGCUCGUGCCCUGUUGGCUUUAAUGGAGCUCCAUGUAAGCACCAAUUUGCUGUGGCCAGGAGGUUUAAUUUGUCUACAUCUCAGUUUCUACCAUAUGAAGAUGAAGCAGCCAAAGCCAUACUUCAUCAAAUAAUGACUACUGCUCCACCCAAACCUGGAUGGUACGCUUCACUGAAGGGGGGACCUGUCACAUCUGCCUCUGCAGCUGAACUUGGUGAACAAGGCCCAACUGCUUCCCUGGAUAAAGACCUUUGUGAGGAUGAUAUCACAUGUAGACUUGAGGAUUCCUCAUCAGUAACAUCUGAAUCAACAGAGCCUUAUUCGGAAGAGGAAAAGGAACGGCUAUUAGCCCUCUGGGAGUCAAUAAAUCUUUACAUUUCAAAUGGACUUAAGGAGAGACCUGAGGUCUUUGGGAGUGCUGUGGACAGAUUUGCCUCCCAAUUUAACAAGGCAAAGGCUUUGUCAGAAAAUGUUGUUCUCUCUGCUUUGCACACUUUCCCCAUCAACUCAUUUGGAUCAAAGGCCAUGAGGAAAGGAAAAUACAUCAAAGUAAACACAGCGGCCUAUAUAAGGAGAAAGUAUGCUGCAAUGUCGGGACGCAAGUGCACUCAACAAGGUCGGCCACCAAAAGCUGCAUUUACAAAGGAACAUGGCUACUCUAGAAGUAGACAAAUUGUUCCUUCUUGGAGCAGGUGCCAACAGAGGAAAGGAGCUGUCCCCCAUAAGCUAUCUGUGCGUGUUCAACAUCAGGCAGCCAAAAGCCAAAGCAUGAGCCAAAGCCAAAAGAAGAUGUUCUCUCUUGAAAGUAAUUGCAAGAUGUUUGUUUUUAUUAAGUUUAUUAUGAAAGUUUUAUUUAUAAACUUUACUUAUUGUACUCUUUGGCUACUUUUGUUGUAUCAAACAUACUUUUAAUUGAUAUUUCAUGUUUUGCCUGUAUUUUAGUGUGUAUGUUUAACCCAAUGUUUUUUUAUUUCUUAACAUUCAAAAUAUUGAUUUGAUU